UGCUCAUCAGUGCCACGUGCCAGUGCCCAUCAGUGCCACGUGCCAGUGCCCAUCAGUGCCACCCAUCAGUGCCAGUCAGUGCCACCUAUCAAUGCCAAUCAGUGCCACCUAUCAGUGCUGCCAAUCAGUGCCACCUAUCAGUGCCAGUCAGUGCUGCCUAUCAGUGCCAGUCAUUGCCACCUAUCAGUGCCGCCUAUCAGUGCCGCCUAUCAGUGUCAUGUAUCAGUGCUGCCUUUCAGUGCCCAUCAGUGAUGCCUGUCAAUGCCCAUCAGUG